UUCUUUUUUUUUUUUGAAAAACUAGAACAACCAGAGGAUAACCAUGCUUUAUAGUUUCAAGACCUGUGGUGAUAAGUUCUGAGGAAAUGAGGGUGGAUUAUUGGGAAUAUCAAUUGUAAAGUCAACUACUUUCAAUAUUUCCACAUCGCCUAUAGUGGCAAUACAGAUUCAUCAAGAUUUCAAGAUACACCCAAACUCUUGCACCAAAAUCUUUUCUCUAAUAUAAACCCAUUUCUAAAACCAUUGUCCGAUUGUCAUAUAUAUUCAGAUGAAGAAAAUAAGAAGGUAAGAAGACAUACUAUGAUACUAUGAUGAUGUGAACAAUCCAAAGCAUGAUUAGUUCCAUCAGGGCAAUAGUAAGUAAACUGAAACUCAUCUUUAAGAAGUCAUACUGAUUAACUCUUUUACUCUCUUUGACCCUCUUUUUCAGUGUUAGAAUGUUUUAACUUCUCAAUACAUUAUUGGAAAUUAGGUUAUUAAUUGGGGAUUAGGAUCAUUAAAUUAAUGGGUCCAGCUAGGUAUUUCCAUUUGCUAUUUCAGACACUUUUAUUAACGGAGAAUGCAUCAUUUGAUGGCUGAGUAUUUUCGUGCAUAUUUUUUAAUUAUUUAAGAUUAUUUUUGGGAAUAAUAAAGUAGGAGUCAUUAUUAUAAGCCUUUGAAUAAUUAUAGGGUAUAUUUGAUGGUUAACCCUAAAAAAAAAAUUUUCAAUAGCCAAUCCAAAAGUGACCCUUCCCUUCCCUUAGUUUUAUAUUUUCAAGUCCAGGGAUUGAGUGAAGAAUUGCUAUAUGAAUUGCGAAAAGCUCAGCAAUCCAAGCAUGGAUAAGAAGAAGAAGCGGAAGCACACAGGGAAAAAAGCAAAGGAGGAAUGUACCAUGGAGAAGAAGAAGAAGAAUCACAAGAGCAAGAACAUUCUCGAGAUCCUCCCUCUUGAGCUGAUUCACAGAAUCCUACUGCGGGUGCCGAUCAGGCAUCUCGCUCGCCUCAGGUGCGUUUCUAAGCUCUGGUGCUCGCUAAUUUCUGAUCCUGACUUUGCAGAAUUUCAUUUUCACCACUCUCCCGCUUCCACCAACGCAUGCUUCCUCAUAAAAUACCCCACUAAGGCGCAAUUCGUUUACUUAGACGACAAUGAUGCAUCACAAAAAGAGAUGUGUCCCCCUUUCAAAAAGAAACCACCUUCUGAUUUUGCGGUCUUGGGAUCCUGCCGAGGCUUUAUUCUCUUGUAUCGACACCCACAUUUUCUUGUGGUAUGGAACCCACUCACUGGAUUCAGCAAAAGAAUAUCCUAUUCUCAUCUUUCUCCUAGUCAUAAGUACCGUGGCAUUAAGCUUCCCUACUGUGCGCGUCUGCUUGGAUUUGGUUAUGAUGCAUCCCAGGAUGAUUACUUACUUCUUGUAACUUGGUGCCAUUGCGACAGGCAAUAUCAUUUGGAUUGCUUGUCCUUGAGAACCAAUUCAUGGAUUAAUCUUAAUGCUGCCCUCUCCAAUCCUUUCCUUGUUUUGGACAGCUAUUCUUGUGGGGUGUUCUUGAAUGGUGCUAUUCAUUGGCUGUCUUUCCCUCUUACAGCUUACAAGGAUGCUAUUCUUAUCUUUGAUACGAAGGAAAGGACUUUCUCAAUGAUGUCUGCUCCAGAACAACUGGUAAUGAGUUUAUGCCUCUUUUCAGGUCUCGCCCUACUAGGAGGCUGCCUAGCCUUGUAUUAUCACAAUCAUGGUAGCUGUAACACUGACAUAUGGGUGAUGAAAGAAUAUAAAGUGCACUCAUCUUGGAAUCUCUAUCAGAUCCCUUGCAAGGACUUUCAGCCAUUGCUCUUAUCCAGUAAUGGUGAUAUUAUUGGAAGAGGUUGUACUUCCUAUGAUAAAGUAGGGUACUUCAUAUAUAAUGUUAGAGAAGACCUGCUCUAUCGUUUUAGAAAUCUUUGUUGUCCGAGUCCCAUGAGUGAAACUGCUACUGUAUAUACAGAGUCUCUCUUGCCAUUCCCUAGUGACGUUGAGGAUAAGAAGAAGGAAAUCGGCCAUCAAAAUCAGAAUGAUGUCAAACAAGGAAAGAGAAUUAGGAGAGAAUGACUGCACAACAGAGACACUUAAUUCUGUUGUAAACAAAGUGUAGGAUUCUAUUUUAUUUUCCCUUUGCUUUAAAGUAUGAUUUCCCUUCCAACAAUGAAGGUGAAAAACUGGAACAUUUGAAAGUGCAAAUAGAGCUUCCUCUAGUUGAAUCCAAUUUGUUGUUACUUUGUGAUUAAUGUACAAGUACUAAGCAAGAUGCAUUAUGUAUCGUGUUGCAUUUAGAUGUGACUUUUGACUAUCCGUGGUGAAACUUGAUUUUUCAAAUACCUGAGGAAUUAUUAAUCACUGCCUUGCUUUCUAUAGUCCUGUCGU